AUGACGCUUGCUUGGAAAGAUGCAAAGGAUGUGUUGGAGGCAGCCUCUGAUCCGCAGAAGUUGGCUGAAAUAGCGGAGAGCCUCUCAACAGACGAAGAAAAAGCAUAUUCAAGAAGUCUCAUUGAACGCGAAAGAGACGAACUGUUGCUCAGACCGAACCCCCGAAGAUGGGUUCUGCUGCCUAUUCAGCACUCACAGGUGUGGGAGAUGUACAAGAAGGCAGAGGCUUCUUUCUGGACAGCAGAGGAAAUUGAUAUGCAAGCAGAUUUAACAGACUGGGGGCGUCUGGACGACAACGAAAGACACUUCAUUAAACACGUUCUCGCCUUCUUCGCCGCCAGCGACGGCAUCGUUAUGGAGAAUUUGGCUGAGAGAUUUAUGUCGGAGGUGCAGAUCCCUGAGGCGCGCAGCUUCUACGCUUUUCAAAUCGCAGUAGAAAACAUUCAUUCUGAGACAUACAGUCUUUUAAUCGAUAACUAUAUUCGAAACGAAAAGGAAAAAGAUCAUCUCUUCAACGCCAUUCACAAUAUACCAGCGGUGGCGGUGAAGGCGGCGUGGGCAGCGAAAUGGAUAAACAAAACGAAAUCUUUUGCUGAGCGUCUGGUUGCUUUCUGCUGCGUUGAAGGAAUUCUCUUUUCAGGGUCUUUCUGCGCCAUCUUCUGGCUGAAAAAAAGAGGACUUAUGCCAGGCCUAACUUUCUCAAAUGAAUUGAUCAGCCGCGAUGAAGGUCUGCAUGCAGACUUUGGAUGCCUUCUCUAUUCCAUGCUAGAAAACCGCCUCACUACGGAUGUUUUGAAUAGAAUCGUAAGAGAGGCGGUGGACGUAGAAAAGGCAUUUAUCUGCGAUGCUCUUCCUUGCGAUCUGAUCGGCAUGAAUAGCACCUUAAUGUCGCAGUACAUUGAGUUUGUAGCGGAUCGUCUGCUAACAUGCUUGGGGGGGCAGAAGAUAUUUAAUGCGAGGAACCCGUUUGACUUCAUGGAUAUGAUUUCUUUGCAAGGCAAAACAAACUUCUUUGAAAAACGUGUAGGAGAUUAUCAGAAGGCCGGCGUGAUGGUACAGAAUAAAGCAGAUCAGACAUUCUCUCUUGAUGCAGAUUUUUAA